AUGAAUUCGAUUGAAUCUGUCCCAACCGCUCCGCUGUUCCAACUCCAUUGCAGGUUUUGUUUCAAAUUUCUCAAUGACUAUAUUUCUCCAAUAAUUGUUCUGCUUGGUAUCAUCGGAAAUAUCCUCUCGAUAAUUGUUCUUCGAAGUCCUCGAAUGCGAUCUCCAGUAUCCUUAUAUUUGCUCAGUCUCGCUGCGUGUGAUAUUGCUCUUCUAAUGGCUGCCGGUGGGUUGUUCCUGUGCAGUGAUCUAAGCGGUGAACCACAGUGUCAGGAGAACGACACCCUUUCGGCAUAUAAUUGUUCGAACAGUUCAUUGUCCAUACCUUUUGUCAUGGAACAACUGCUCUAUCCGUUAGGACUGACUGCUCAGAUGGCAACCAUAUGGAUCACCGUUUGUCUAACAGCCGAACGUUUCAUCGCCGGUUGCUAUCCUCUUCAUGCGAGUAUACUUUCCAGCAUUCCACGAGCUCGUAUGGCCACACUGUGCUGUGUCCUCUGCGCUGCUGUUUACAACCUACCACGAUGGUUCGAAUUGUCCUACUUCAGAGACAGUGUGGCUGGAACACUUGGCUCCAGUUCCAAUUGUGAUGUCGCAGUGUCUAGCGUCACCUGUCUAUGGCACACCACUUUCCGCGUGGUCUACUACACAUGGGGCUACAUCCUUUUCAUGUUUCUCUUACCUGUUGUCGCACUCACAGUAAUGAAUGUGAAACUGAUGCAAGCUCUUCGAAGAUCGGACGUCUUUCGAACGGUGUAUCCGGCCACAUGUUAUUGUCAAGCUCCCUGUAGUUCGUCGUUCGGUGAUCAGGCAACCGGUCCAGUUGUUUUGGACGAAAAUCAUGAAUCCGUUGAGCGUCGCGGCUGUUUGAAAUUUUGUCAUCAGCACAUGGCUCGAGUUUAUCCAAAGUUAUCCAAUAACCAUUGGACUGUGCAACGUAACCCGAGUCAAGCUAGUUCAUCCGCCGUGCAACAUUGGAGAGGGACGUCUAGGCGUGCCGCAAAAACCGAAAGAAACGUAACCCGCAUGGUGGUUGUGGUUGUCGGAGUUUUUGUAUUCUGUCAACUUCCAGCAAUGGUUUACAAUAUCUAUUUCGGUAUCACACCCCAAGUUCAACCCGUCGCUGGUUGGUGCAUAUUGUCAGAAGUGCGAAAUUUCCUUGUAGUUCUAAACUCGAGCAUCAAUUUCGUGAUUUAUUGCUGUAUGGGAGCCAAGUUUCGUCGAAGUUUUGUUCACGUGAUCACUCCAUGUUGGGAGAAACAUCUCGUGGCAUAUCCAAUACGAUCACAUAUUUAUCGGAUGGUCGAUAUGAAAGCUGAGGUGUGA